AUGCUUCGGCAUAUUUUUAUACUGAUGUUGAUCGACUUGAUGGAGGCCGUUCUGAGAAAGAAUAAGCCAUGCAUAAAUGGUGAGCUUGAAGGCGGCUUAUGCUAUUGUCGUGAUGGAUGGACCGGAGCGUCCUGUCAUCGACGUAUGAACUGUGACGGUUUUGAAAGAGAACCAAACGGAUCAUGUGUGUCGUGCUUGGAAGGGUGGACUGGUUCCGACUGCGACGCAAUAAACUGCAAUGAUCACGGAACUCCAAACUACGAUCUGACCAGCUGUUCAUGCGAAAAACCGUAUUCAGGUCGGUUCUGUGAGACGUUCGUCACAAGCGACAUCUAUUCUUACUAUAAUCGAACUGUCUCGAAAAGUGGAGCAAUCGGUAUAUUGACGUGCAUCCCGCUGAUUCUCAUCUACAUAACUUGUGAUCGUUAUGCCAAGCGUCGUCAACGAGAACGAGUGGAAAAACAUCUGACGGAUACGAUGCUCAGCCACCUACAGAAAGGCGUGAAUCGACAAGCAGUUGCGUACCUCCUCCACAGCGAUAAAGACUGA